UGGCGGGGUGGCUCUAGGAGCGGGGCUCUAGCAAACUCCCUGCGGAGCGACCCCAGCCUGGCGGUGGCUAGCAUGGCACCUACGUUGUUUCAGAAGCUCUUCAGCAAGAGGAGCGGGCUGGGCGCGCCCGGCCGGGACGCUCGGGACCCGGAUUGCGCAUUUAGUUGGCCUUUGCCAGAGUUUGAUCCAAGCCAAAUUCGACUGAUCGUUUAUCAAGAUUGUGAAAGACGAGGAAGAAAUGUCUUGUUUGACUCCAGUGCCAAGAGAAAAACUGAGGACAUAUCAGUAUCGAAACUCUGUAGUGAUGCUCAAGUCAAAGUCUUUGGGAAAUGCUGCCAACUGAAACCUGGAGGAGACAGUUCUUCCUCUUUGGAUAGUUCUAUGACUUCAUCUUCUGAUGUAAAAGACCAGUGUCUUAAAUAUCAGGGUUCUCGGUGCUCUUCUGAUGCCAACAUGCUUGGAGAGAUGAUGUUUGGCUCUGUAGCAAUGAGCUACAAAGGAUCCACCCUAAAAAUUCAUCAGAUCCGUUCCCCUCCACAGCUUAUGCUCAGCAAAGUUUUUACUGCACGAACUGGCAGCAGUAUCUGUGGGAGUCUCAAUGCACUGCAAGACAGUCUUGAAUUCAUCAAUCAGGACAAUAAUACAUUAAAGGCUGAAAAUAACACAGUUAUUAAUGGAUUACUUGGAAAUAUAGGUCUUUCACAGUUCUGCAGCCCCAGGCGGGCAUUCUCUGAGCAGGGUCCGCUCCGCCUGAUCAGGAGUGCCUCUUUCUUUGCAGUUCACAGCAAUCCAAUGGACAUGCCUGGAAGAGAGCUGAAUGAGGACAGAGAUAGUGGCAUAGCACGCUCUGCAUCUCUCAGCAGCUUGCUUAUUACUCCGUUUCCCUCUCCAAACUCCUCACUUACCCGAAGUUGUGCCAGUAGCUACCAGCGACGUUGGCGACGCAGUCAAACAACGAGUUUGGAGAAUGGAGUAUUUCCUAGAUGGUCUAUAGAAGAAAGCUUUAAUCUGUCAGAUGAAAGCUCUGGUCCUAAUCCAGGAAUUGUGAGGAAAAAGAAGAUUGCAAUUGGGGUAAUCUUUUCAUUAUCCAAAGAUGAAGAUGAAAAUAGCAAAUUUAAUGAAUUCUUUUUUUCACAUUUUCCUCUCUUUGAAAGCCACAUGAACAAAUUAAAGAGUGCAAUAGAACAGGCUAUGAAAAUGAGUCGAAGAUCAGCUGAUUCCAGUCAAAGGAGUUUGGCCUAUAAUCGAAUUGUUGAUGCCCUAAAUGAAUUCAGAACAACAAUUUGUAAUCUGUACACAAUGCCACGGAUUGGAGAGCCUGUCUGGCUUACAAUGAUGUCGGGGACUCCAGAAAAGAACCAGCUUUGCCAUCGUUUCAUGAAGGAGUUCACUUUUCUAAUGGAAAAUGCUUCUAAAAAUCAAUUCUUGCCAGCUCUCAUUACUGCAGUUCUAACCAAUCAUCUUGCCUGGGUUCCAACAGUCAUGCCAAAUGGACAACCACCUAUAAAAAUAUUUUUAGAAAAACAUUCUUCUCAGAGUGUGGACAUGUUGGCAAAGACUCAUCCAUAUAACCCACUUUGGGCACAACUGGGAGACUUGUAUGGCGCAAUUGGCUCUCCUGUACGGUUAGCAAGGACUGUGGUAGUUGGCAAACGACAAGACAUGGUCCAGAGAUUGCUUUAUUUUCUUACUUAUUUCAUAAGAUGCUCUGAACUCCAAGAAACUCAUCUUUUAGAAAAUGGAGAAGAUGAAGCUAUCGUUAUGCCAGGCACAGUAAUUACUACCACAUUAGAGAAAGGUGAAAUAGAAGAAUCUGAGUAUGUGCUUAUCACGAUGCAUAAAAACAAAAACAGUUUGCUCUUUAAAGAGUCAGAAGAAACAAGGACUCCUAAUUGUAACUGUAAAUAUUGCAGUCGUCCACUCCUUGAACAAAAUAUAGAGAAUGUUUCACAACAAGAGAGAGAAGAUAUUCGAAACAUCUCUAAGGAGCUGCUAGAAACUUCCAGUGAAUGCCAAAUGAUUUCUCCUUCUGACUGCCAAGAGGAAAAUGCUGUUGAUAUUAAACACUACAGAGAUAAAUUAAGAACUUGCCUUGACACCAAGUUAGAGACUGUUCUUUGCACAGGAUCUGCUCCAGUGGAUAAGUGUGCCUUGCCCAAGUCAGGCUUAGAGCCAACAGAGGAAAAAUGGCAGAGUGAGGAAUUGCUAGAUUCAGGUAACCUCACCGGCAAAGUGAUGAGAUCCACAGGAAUGGUUGUAGAAAAAAAACCUCCAGAUAAGCUUGUGUCUGCUGUGUUUUCUUGUGAGGCAAACCAGACAAAGGUUACUUUCCUGAUUGGGGAUUCCAUGUCACCUGAUUCAGAUACCGAACUACGGAGUCAGGCAGUGGUGGAUCAGAUCACCAGGCAUCACACCAAACCACUGAAGGAAGAAAGAGGAGCUAUUGAUCAGCAUCAAGAAACUAAACAGACAACUAAGGACCAAUCUGGAGAGUCUGAUACACAGAACACGGUUUCUGGGGAGCCCUGUGAACUUCCCUGUUGGAAUCAUUCGGACCCAGAAAGCAUGAGUUUAUUUGAUGAAUAUUUUAAUGAUGAUUCAAUUGAAACCAGGACUAUUGAUGAUAUUCCAGAUAAAACAAAUAUAGACAAUAAAGAACGCUAUUGUACAUUAGAGUUUUCAGAAAGAUUAUGCACAAAAAAUAGCAAACAGAACAAUGAUAUUUGUAAAUGUGUAGAAACGAUUUGCCAAGAUUCAUGUAAAACCUGCUUUCUUCAGCAGGACCAAACAGAUAUGCUCUCCAUUCUUCACCCCAAUGGGGAUAAAGAGAAUUCAGAGAAAAAAAUUGCUGUAGGAACUGAAUGGGACAUUCCAAGAAAUGAAAGUUCAGAUAGUGCCCUUGGUGAUAGUGAAAGUGAAGAUACAGGACAUGAUAUGACUAGACAAGUCAGCAGUUAUUGUGGAGGAGAACAAGAAGACUGGGCAGAAGAGGAUGAGAUACCUUUUCCUGGGUCCAAGUUAAUUGAAGUGAGUGCUAUUCAGCCCAACAUUGCCAACUUUGGGAGGUCCUUGCUGGGUGGCUACUGCUCAUCUUAUGUGCCUGACUUUGUUCUUCAAGGAAUUGGGAGUGAUGAGAGGCUCCGUCAGUGUCUGGUAUCGGAUUUGUCCCAUGCUGUGCAGCAUCCAGUGUUGGAUGAACCGAUAGCAGAAGCUGUCUGUAUUAUAGCAGAUACGGAUAAAUGGACUGUUCAAGUUGCCAGUAGCCAGAGACGAAUGACAGAUAAUAAACUGGGAAAGGAAGUAUUGGUUUCCAGUCUUGUUUCCAACCUGCUUCAUUCCACUCUUCAGCUUUAUAAGCAUAAUCUGUCUCCAAAUUUUUGUGUCAUGCAUCUUGAAGACCGGUUGCAGGAGUUGUACUUCAAGAGUAAAAUGCUGUCUGAGUACCUGAGGGGGCAGAUGCGUGUUCAUGUGAAGGAGCUGGGAGUGGUUCUAGGGAUUGAAUCCAGUGAUCUUCCUCUUCUGGCUGCUGUGGCGAGCACUCACUCUCCAUAUGUAGCCCAGAUACUGCUAUAAAAUGCUUAAAAGUUGAGAAAUUAAUAUUGGAAGAAAUUAAGUAGAACCCAGGAAGCAGGCACAAAGUGGAUUUAUGAUUUAUUUUUCCCCUGUUAGGUUUCCAUCUGAUGGAGUCAGUCACCUGGAUAACCUGCAUUGCAUAUUCUGUGAUAUUGGAUGACUUUUCCGUUUGACUGGACUUUUGGGUGACGGUAGAUGUUUAAACAAGUGAAACUAAAACAGCAUAAUUUGGGGGUAAAACAUUGGAAAAGACCAAAGCUUAACUUAGAAAUUUCUACAAGAAUGAAUAACAAGGAAUUUCAUGGGUUCAUUAUAUAUUGCUACAAUUCAUAAAUAUCAACAGAUGUCUCAUGAUUAAAUGGCUCAGAAAGUCAUAUCAUUAGUUUUUAAUUUUUAUUUUUAAGAUACAGAGAUCUGUAAAACCUUGAUCAUUCGUUGCUUUGUUUUUCAAUUCAAAAUAGCUCAUUACUGACUAUUUCUCAAAGUAAGUAUUUUUACUCACCAUUAAUUAUAACACACUUGGAUUAAUGAGUGUAAAUGUGUUAUGUUAUGCACCCAAAUGUACAUAUGUUUCUGUUUUUUAAGAGAGCAGAGGUAGAAAUACAAGAUUGGUAAACAUGACUUUUUUAAAAAAAGAAAUUUUCAACUAGUAUUGUUUGUAAUGUUAAAAUGUUACCUUCUGGUGAUUUUCCUGUUUUACACACUCAAAAAACAAAUAAGUAAAACUAAUCUUUUUUUAAGGCCAGGGAAUAUAGAUUCCCCAAAUAAGAAUAUUGCUUUAUACCAUGUGUUCUGUUUAUAAGUAUAAGCUAAUUCUUAUAAAUAUUAAUAUUUACAUAUUCAGUAUCUAAUUUUAAAGAAUUGAAAAUUAGGGUUAAAAAUUGCACCAAAGCAUUGGCAAAAAUAAUACUAUUUUCUUUAAAAGUGCUCAGGUAGCCGAGGCCCUUGCUUUCGGUAUCAGUCCUUCUUCUUGAACCUAUAGGAGUUGAAUAUUUGUUUCUCUGCUUCAUUUUAUUCAGUUUACACUAAUAGAACUUAAAACUUUUAAAAUUCUUAUCUUUUCUUUAAAUCCCGGCAUUUACCAGCCCCUCCCUUCCAAAAGCUGAUUUUUUCCCACAGAUUUCCAUUCUUUUAUUUUUAUUGUCUUUGUAUAUACUGUAGAGUGUUGCGUGUAAGAAAGGCUAAUAUGGAACCAAACUCUUGUAAGUAAUGUAAAUAGAAAGAUGGAUAGAUAAAGUUUUCAAUAUGCUGUACUACCUCAGUUUAGUUGAGUUCUACAUCAGUUUAUUCUUUGCUUAUCUGGUUUAAGAUACUUUUAAUGCUAGACGUGAAUGAAGUUGGUUUCUGCUUUCAUUGACUGUUUUCAUCAUAAUUGUUUAGCUAAAAAAUUGAAAACUAUUUGCUUAUACAGUUAUGAAAUACAUUUACUAUAUAACGCACCCAUUCUUGCUGUUUAAAUUUUCAUUAAUUAAUAGAAAAUUCCUGUGGUUUGUUUAGUUUUUGAUCUUGAAUUAUAAAUUCAUUGGGUCACAUUUUGCUUUGCCUUUUUAUGUAUUAAGGAGCUCUCCAAUUAGACAAAGAAGUAGUGAUUGUUUUUAUGGAAUGUAAAUCCAAAAUUGUUGUGCCUGAAAUCAGUUUGGCCACUAGGUCCUGUCAGCUGGACCCAGCUAUUUCCUGAGUCUCCUGUGGAUGACUUACUGCUCAAGAGUGUUUAUUGAUAUAUUUUCUUUGGCUUAAUUUUCUUAUUCCAUUUUUUAACAGAAUUCUCUCCUUUAUUGUUUGAAAUUCUGUGAAUCAGUCUCUUUGGCAGAAUUCAGAAUAUAGAAAACUUCAUAUGUGGGCCAUUUUACAUUAUUUUCACUGUCAGGGAAAGUUUUAAUUGUAGCUCAGAAUGAUAUAUCUGUUUGAGUGUUAUGUUUUUUUAACUAAUCAAAUUAUUCUCAGUUCAAAAUCUCUAAUAAACCACCAUUUAGGAAAUUUGAUCUUUAACAUAUGGAUGGCUAAUGCUAUUGUUAUUCUUAAAACUAAGCUUUGCCAGGAAGGAAAAGGCCUCUUUAGUUUAUUAUAGAAUCAUUAAUCCUUAUAGGAUUCCUGAAUUUUAUAAUUCCUGACCCUUCCAUAAUUUCUGCUAUCUUCAUCAUAGUCAUUCUUUUCUUAUACAAAGCCCAAGAACUGAAUUGCUAUUUCUUUCAAGUGUGGUCACUGUUAUGAAUGUCAUGAAGAGUUUUGGCCUGUUUGAAAAUAAUUUUUCCAUUCUUAUGGUACAGACGGAUGCGUGUUAUGUAUUAAAAACCUGUUUUUGCAAUAGGAAAUGAAAAAGGGAUCUUUUACAUUAUAGAAUUAAAAUUAAUUUUUCUUUGUAUAUAAAAACUAAUGGGUUUAUUUUAAAUGUUCCUGGAUUUUAUUAAUAUGUCUUAAUUUUGAGUUUGAACAUGUUAAGUGCAAUAAACAUACUAGCACAGAUACCAUUUUGUUGCAGUUGACACACACUGGGGAUACUCACUAAAAAACAGAUUUUAUACAAUGCCUACUUUUGUUUGCUGUCCUUUGAGAAUGUUAUGCUUUCUCUAAGUUAUUUAGAUGGUGGGAUAUAUAAAAUGUACAUACUUGUUCCUUGUUCUGUAUACAUUUCUCAAAUGUGCACCUGUAUUAUAAUAACCUCCCAGUUCUAGGGGAAAUUUGUACAAUAAAUACAUAUGUCAAUUUG